AUGCUCUCCCUUGGACUUAACAAGCCUGCCGUCUGGUGCAAGCCAUUGAGAAUGGCAUCCCGUCGUCUGGUAUCUACUGUCAAAUCGACUGCCGCGGAAGAACAACAAAUUCUGAUCGCCCAGCGUAAAAACAGACCGGUUUCUCCUCAUUUGACCAUCUACCAGCCACAACUUACAUGGUACAUGUCCUCAAUGCACCGUAUCACCGGUGUGAUUCUUGGGCUUGGCUUUUUCACCGCAACCAUCGCAUUUGGCGUUUCCACCGCUUUCGGACUGGGACUCAACACCAACAACUUGGCUAAAUGGUAUCAUGAAAAGGUCCCUACGUGGGCUGACUGGACCGCCAAGGCCUCCGGUGCUUAUUUCAUCUCGUUUCACUUCUUCAACGGUAUCCGCCAUUUGAUAUGGGACACAGGUCGCGGCCUCACUCUAAAGGGGGUCUACACCACUGGCUACACUGUUCUAGCCUUCACAGCAGUUGUGGGUACAAGUCUGCUUCUACGCUAG